GUCGCGCGUAGCGCAGCCAAAAUGAUGGUAGUGAGCACUCAAAUUAGGCCGCAUCGGGCUGCGUGAAAGCCAGGUCACCUGCCGAGGGCCAGGGGCAGCCAUGCGCCUGGUGCUCGUAGCCGCGCUGGUCGCCGGCCUGGUACACCUACCGGAUGGGGCCGAGACGCCACCGGCACGGCGCGCGCUGGGCGUGAAUGCCACGGCCACGGCCGCGCCGACGACCGCCGGGCCCACGCCCGCGCCGACGACGGCGCUGCCCACCACGGCCGCGCCGACGACCGCCGGGCCCACGGCCGCGCCGACGACGGCGCUGCCCAGCUACGCGCCGACGACGGCGCGCCCGACGCGCCGGCCGACCUGGAGCCAGGCGCCCACGACGGCGCUACCGACCUAUCAGCCGACGACGCCGCAGCCAACAACACAACAACCGUCGCCGGCACCGACCACGGCUACACCGACGACCGCUCAACCGACGACGUCGAAGCCGAGCUACGAGCCGUCCCCAAAACCGUCGCCGGCGCCGUCGCCACAGCCGACGACGCCGCAUCCAACCACCCCAGAACCGUCGCUCGCGCCGUCGUACACGAAAGCUCCGACGCUGAGCAUGGAGCCGACGCUGGGCCCGACCCCCACUCCGAUCAUCGUCGCGUGCGCCGGCGACUCGAUCACCCAGGGCGGCCACGAGGAAGACCUGGUCGAUGGGACAGCUGGACACAGCUACCCCGAGCUCCUGCAGGAUUUAUUAGGCCCGGGUUACCGCGUGCUGAAUUUCGGCAGGAGCGGCACGUCAGUGGGCCCGGAGAAGCCCUGGCGCACGGAGGGCCACUUCGAGAGCAUGAUAGAUGUGAAAUACGAUUUUGCGAUCCUGACCUUUGGCGCGAACGACGCGAAGACGGACCGGUGCGAGGCCUGCUGGGGCGCCGACUGGGACAGUCAUGCUGACGAAUGGGCGAAGAACUAUGUUGACUUGAUCAGUGAUCUGCGGGAUUACAAUCCGACGGCCAAGUUCUUCCUUGGUAUCAACACGCCCUACCUCGGCGGGUCGAGCAAGUGGGGCACGGAAGCUCUCACAGUUGUCAACGACAUCCUUCCCGUUUCAAGUGCGGCGGUGGCAUCGGUCAUCGGCGCGCGGGGCACCGUCGACUUCCGGAGCGGUUUUGUAUUGGAAGACGGCACGUUCGACGCGACUUUGUAUGACGACAAGAUCCACCCUAAUAAUGCCGGUUAUGCUAAGAUGGCCGCCGCCGCUUACACAGCUCUCUUAAACCCAAAUAUGUUGGACGUGCCGGCGCCGUCGCGCGCGCCGACGUACGCGCCGACGUACACGCCGUCGCCCGGGCCCACGGUAACCAUGGUGCCUACUACAUCGAAACCAUCUUCUGCACCGACAACUGCUAAACCGUCGCCAGCGCCUUCUAUGACUUUUGCGCCGACGGUCGCGCCCUCCGUCUCGGCGCGGCCUUCCUUGAGUCCCUCCGCGGAGCCGUCGUCGUCGCCGACGACCGCGCGGCCCUCGGCGUCGACGCCCGAGCCCACGGUGCAACCGUCCACGGCGACACCGACGACCGCUCAACCGACGACGUCGAAGCCGUCGUCGUCGUUUGCGCCGACGGUCUCAUUAUCUACUCCACGACCGACCCUCUCCGUGACCGCGGGCGUCGUGACCAUGACACAGACGGUCUCUGGUAUUGCGGUCGAGGACGCCCUAGUCCACCAAUCGAUCUUCGCAUCCACAAUGGCGACGAUGGCUGGCGUCGCGCCGGAGCGGGUGACGGUCACCAUCUCCACAGAUACGCGCCGGCGCCUGACGGACACGCUGACCAUACGAUACGCCGUCGCCACACCAACUCUAAGUGCCGCCGAGGCGCUCGCCCGAGACAUGGCGGCCCUCGCGCCGGCGGACUUCGACGCGGCGCUGCGGCAGGAAGCGGCUAACGCGGGCGCGGCGGACGCCUUCGCCGCCGUCUCCACCACAUCCCUCUCCGCGCCGGAGGCCGCGCCGGCGGCGCCCGAGAGCGAGCCGUCGCAGAAAGGCGGCAACGACGCGGUCGACGGCGCGAGCGCGGCCGUCCUCGGCCCCGUGAUCGCCGGCGCUUUUCUGGUAGCGGUCCUUGGUCUCGGGCUGGUCCUGCGGCGGCGCCGGCGGAAGCUGUCCAAGGACGUCGCCGAGGCGAUCGACGUCGACGUUGACAAGGACGUCGAGGAGCCGCCGCGCAUUGUUUUUCAUGAGCCGCCGCCGCCACCGCCGCCUCCGCCGCCCCUGCCUCCCCAGACGCCCGGCGCGGGGUCGCCCGCGGGCCUCGUCGAACUGGACGGCCUCGCGCCGCCGCCGCCGCCGCCGCCGCCCCCGGAGGACCUGCCGCAGAGCCCGAAGGUGACGCCGAGCUUCUGGGCGCGGACCAUGACCACGGUCCGCAACCUGCGCUCGGGCAGCCAGGACGACGACGACGCGGCGCCGUCGCCCGUGAAACAGGUCGAAACCGUGACGCCGGCGCCCGGCGCCUCGCCGCCCGCCCGCGACGCGUCGACGAACUCGGUCGGCGCGGGCGAGCGGCUGCGCCUCGCGAUCGCCGGCUGGCGCGGCCCGCCGCCGCCGUCGCCGUCGGACCGGGCCUCGUUCGACGAGGAGCUGCGCCAGUUCGACGACGACUUCAAGGAGGAGGCCGUCGCGGACUUAUUUGAAGCGCACCUCGCCGACACGCCCGUCGCGACGCGGCCGCCCGUCGACGUCGUCGACGUGUCCCCCGUCGGCGAGGAGGAGGACCGCGACGUGCCGGCGCAAUUAGAAUAA